AAAUCCGAGGUGAUUUACGUAUAGCAUUGGUAACUGUGUUCAUAUAGAUUUACAAGAUGGAAUCGAAACUUAUAUUAAUGAUAGUGCCGCUCGUUGCCUUAUGUUCUGCACAGCUGAUCAUUCCAAAACGACCCCUGGGAUACGUGUACGCUGCCGGCAGUAACAAUGCCGCAAUUCAUAUUGAUAUUCAUAUGGGACCUCUUUGCCCUGACAGUCGGGACGCGCUUCCAGUUGCUAGGCAAGUUGCCGAACACUAUGGAGCGACAACUCUGAAGCUAACACUACAUAUGUUUCCUCUUCCAUACCAUCAUCAGUCUUUCAUAACAGCCAAGGGAGCACAGAUCAUUCGCAAACUUGGAGCUGGUGACGUAGCAGCGUACAGUUGGUUCGAAUAUAUUUACGCCAAUCUAGAUAAGUAUUCUAACGACGCCACUGCCAAUCUUACAACCAAUAACAUUAUUACAAUGUUUUCAAAUGUUGCUCACGCUCUAGGCGUGGACUCUGCGGAAUUUAUUGAGAUGAUGAAAUCAGACGAGAUUGAGACAGCUACACGCGCUGCCUGGAAAUAUUCAUGUUCUCGGGCAAUAGCUGGUACCCCAACUUACCUUGUGAAUGACGUCAUUGUGGAAGCUGAUCCAUCUUGGACACUGAAAGACUGGCAACAAGUCAUUGAUCCAUUACUUAAAGGUCGCACAAACAAGUCAAACAAGGACUGUCCAACUGACACGAAGAAAUGCGAAUAUUUACCCGGAAAAGUGGAGUGCUGUACUAAAGGAGAAGCGUGUAUUCCAAAUGUCGGCUGCCGAUGUUUUGAGAAUUCGUGCUCAAACGGAAAACUGACGGAAAUGUUUAAAAUAAAUCCCGUAAAAAAUUAGAACUUUCUAUUAAUCUUCAAGUUAGAGAACUUAAAUAGAAAAAAUAUAACGGAAAUAAAUCAGCAAAUUUA